UGGUUUCCUUUAAAUAAAGGAAAGUAGGAUGGCUGAUUUGUGGGGUAUAUUGCACACAGGUAGGCGUCCAGGGAUAGGCAAGAUAGUUGCCAAGCCAAAAACACCGAUUCCUUUAGAAUACUAAAAAAUACAGCAUGUAAAAGGAUUGCGUUGGUUUUUAGAAUAUUACUAAUCUUCUCACUCCAGGUAGGCAUGUAGUAGAAUUUUGUCUUCUGAUUAAUACUGCAAAAAGUAGCCUGGAAAAUACGAAGAGUUAACAACAACACCGUCUAUUUACUAAUUUGAUAUUUUGGUAUGUAACUUCAUUGUGGUGAAAACUGCUUCUUCUGGAAGGACAUGUUAAUAUUGCUUGCCUUUGAGAGCUGGGAUUGGAGGAGAUUUGCCUUUUAUCUCUUGUGUUUUGUAGUUUUGGUUACUAUGAGUUACCUUCAUAACUGGAGGAAAGUCUUUAUAAAAAUUUGUGUUUCUUUAAACCCUUCAAGAAAAAUAUUUCAAAAGUAUCUCUUGUAUUUUAUUGGCUCCACUUGAAUUAUAAUUGUAUUCACGCAUAAAGCUAACAGACUGAGAGAUUAAUUCAGGCUGAGAGAAAAGCAGUGAGAUUCUUGGAGACCAUCUGGCAGACCUGUCUAGUAUUGGGAUUUUCUGAAGUCAGGAUAAGAGUUGUAAAUGUUGGAAGCAUCAUGGAUUUGUGUAGUUAGUCCCGUGAGAGUGGAAGAAAUCUUCCAGUAAGAACAAGAAAAGAAGACCAAGCAUGGGAAACCAACAUUGAAGUGCUGUAUAGAGACAGCCAUGGAGAGUGAGGAGGAGAAUUCAGGAAAGAAGGAGGAAAAUCUAGCAGAUAAUGGUGCUUAGAAGCCGGGAGAGGAAAGAGUUUUAAUCAGGAGGGAAAUCUAUCUCAGUCAAAUGAGUCAGAAGGAUAUAGAAGAUAGGCGCUGAUUAAAUGUCUCUUGGCUUUGGUAGUCAGGAUAGGAGGAGGUCAUUGACCUCAGCAAACACAAUAUAAGUAAAAUGAUAAUGAUAGAAGCCAAAUAUGAAUGAAUUUGAGGAGUAAAUAGAGAAUGAAGAAAUAAAGAUAAGGAGUGUAGAGUCCUUAUUUUGAGAGACAAAGAUUAGAAGAAGUUACAGGGUGGUAGAGGGGAGUUUAUGGUCCGUUUGGAAAGAAUAUAAGGACAGUCGAAUACCUUUAUGUUAAAGUGCAUCUCACAGCAUUGUUCCCCUCUUGUGGUUAAGUAGCAGAAGCUGAGAGCAAGUAGCUGAGCAGACUGAAUAGAACUAUUGUGAGAAAGAUUUUCAUCAUCCCUCAUUCAAAUGAUCGCGAUCUUAGUGGUAUUUUGGUCUCUUGGGGUCUGGUGUUAUCUGUGUUAAAGUCACACUUUCACAAACUGUGUUGGAUUGUAUUUCACCUGAGUUCCAGUACUGUGAUACUCCCAGCUUGCAUUAAAGUCAUGUGAUUCCUCUUAUAUAUUUCAGUGAUUCUUCUAAAUCUCUUAUGUGGAAAUCAGACGUCUUUACUAAAUCGGAAUCCAUGAGGCAUGUACCAAGGGCUUUGCUUCAGUUAUUACCAUGCAUUCAAGGGAAAAUGCCCUUAACGUGAAAAUUUCUUUACAAUGAGUGUCACUUCAGUCAUCAUUGAAGUUUAAUUUUUUUCAUUGCCGUUCAGACAAGUAGUUUUAUGUAUAUUUACCUGGGGAAUAUGCAAAUAAUCGCUACAAUGGAAAAGGCCAAUAACCAAAUGUUGCAAAGGAUAUGGAGCACCUGGAACGCUCAUUCUCUGCUGAUGGAAGUGUAAAUUGGUAAAGCAUUUUGGAAAACCUGUCAGUGUCAAGUGAAGUGUGACAUAUGCAUAAAGUGUGUUCAAACCUGACAAAAUCCUAGAAAAUGCAAAGUAGCCUAAAGUAACAGACAACAGAGGAUGGGUGCAAAGGAAAAGGACUGGAAAGGGGUGUGAGGAAACUUUUGGGAAUGAUUGAUACUAAAAUUGGAAGUUUGUAUCAAUUGCUGACUGUUAGAAAUUGUAUGUAAUGGCAACAGAAUUUCUAAAGAGCUGCUGUAGAGGAUGUUUCUAUGGUGAAACAGAAAAGCACAAUUUUUCCACAGAAAGAGACUUUAAAGCAGCAGUCUCAGAAUGUCAGAAUACCACUGUCUGUGUACCUCCAUUGACUUCUGUCUCCGUAAAGCCUCAGGUUGGCUGUACUGAGGAUUAUUUACUUUCCAAAUUACCGUCUGAUGGCAAAGAGGUACCAUUUGUGGUGCCCAGGUUUAAGUUAUCUUAUAUUCAGCCCAGGGUACAAGGAACUCCUUCACAUCUGGAAGAACUGGAAGGAUCUGCCAGAGCAUCUUUUGGAGAUCGAAAGGUAGAACUUUCCAGUUCAUCCCAGCACGGAGCCAGCUACGAUGUAUACAACCCAUGCUAUAGGUAUCAGCACAUUUCACCUGAUUUGAUCCGGCGCCUUCCUCCACGUUCAGAAGCAGCGAGACUAUAUGGAUCAGUUUGUGAUUUAAGGACCAGCAAACUUCCCAGUUCCCCUGGGCUAAGCAAGUCUAUGUUUGAUCUUACAAGUUCAUCCCAGCGGUUCAUCCAGAGACAUGAUUCCCUGUCCAGUGUGCCUAGCAGCUCUUCUUCCAGGAAGAACUCCCAGGGGAGUAACAGAAGCCUGGAUACAAUUACUCUGUCAGGAGAUGAAAGAGAUUUUGGGAGAUUGAAUGUGAAAGUGUUUUAUAAUUCUUCAGUAGAGCAGAUCUGGAUCACAGUUUUACAGUGCAAAGAUUUAAGUUGGCCUUCUAGUUGUGGAGACACUCCUACUAUUUCUAUAAAAGGAAUACUAACAUUGCCCAAACCAGUGCAUUUCAAAUCUUCAGCAAAGGAAGGCUCUAAUAGUAUUGAAUUUAUGGAAACUUUUGUAUUUGCUAUUAAACUCCAAAGUCUACAAACCGUAAGGCUUGUAUUUAAGAUUCAAACCCAGACACCCAGGAAGAAAACCAUUGGAGAAUGCUCACUGUCACUCAGAGCUCUUAGCACACAGGAGAUGGAUUACUCUUUGGAUAUAACGCCACCUUCAAAAAUUUCUGUUUGCCAUGCAGAACUUGAAUUGGGGACUUGUUUUCAAGCAGUAAAUAGCAGAAUUCAGUUACAGAUUCUCGAGGCACAGUACCUUCCAAGCUGUUCAUCACCUCUCACUUUGAGUUUUUUUGUGAAGGUGGCAAUGUUUAGUUCAGGAGAGUUGAUUUAUAAGAAGAAGACACGCUUACUGAAGGCCUCCAGUGGCAGAGUAAAGUGGGGAGAAACUAUGAUUUUUCCACUCAGACAGAAUGAAAAAGAAAUUAUUUUUCUCAUUAAGCUUUACAGUCGGAGCUCUGUAAGAAGACGACACUUUGUGGGGCAGAUUUGGAUAAGCGAAGACAGUAAUAACACUGAAGCAGUGAAUCAGUGGAAAGAAACCAUUACAAAUCCAGAAAAGGUUGUUAUCAAGUGGCACAGAUUAAAUCCAUCUUGAAGACUUCACACAUUAAUUUGAUGAAGAAUUUGACAUUCUUUUAGAAGACUUAGGAUUCCAAUUUGCUACCAAUGAAAAGAGACAAAUCAAUACAUUUCUCAGUUUAUUUAUGGAGGUCAUAAUUGUAAUGUGUAAUGGAUCUUAUAGAAAAUUAAAUUUGAUUAAAGAAAAUGGGAUGACUUAUAUCUGAUAUCCAAAAUAGAGGGGAUGUUUUAAAACUAUGCCAAAAUAGACAGUGAAAUAAAGAGUAGUAUUUCUAGGGCAACUAAAUAAAUUAUAAAAUCAAUGAGAAUUUCAACCAUAGGUGGUGAUUGCUAUCUUACAUUUACGGGUUUUUUGAAAGCUUUCCCUAGAUAUUUAAAAUCUAGUAUAUCAAGUCUCUGUUAGUACUGUUAGACAUGUAGAAGACUUUACUGCUGACUGUUUCAGUGCCAGUCAUUCUUGAUUAGAUCUUGACUCCACUGCUUACCUCCUGCUACCUCUCUUCUCUCAGAAAACAAAUAUGAAUCAUCGAACCACUUCAGCUCUUAGGUAUUCGGGGAAGAGUUGUGCCCUAGGUUUCUUACUUCUUACCCAUAAGGCGUCACAUUGCCACUGUAUAAAUUAUUUAUCUCCGAGAAACUUCAAAUAUAGAACGCUAUGUUUUGGCAAGAAUAAACGAAAACACCAGAAGGUUGAAGUUUAAUUGGAAACCUUGUGUGUACACAUUUUGCUGUGUUUUCCUCCCUCAAAUAUUUUACCUUUUGUUUUAAUUGGAGUUGGAAUAAGAUUAUCCUCCAUAUAGCUCCUCCUAAUUAGCAGAACUAAAUGAGCUUAAUUAGCAAGUUCAAUAUUUUAUGAUAAUUAUUUCCCUUUUUUUAGUGCUUAUAUAUAUCUCUAUAGAUAUAGAGAUAUAUAGAUAUAGAUAUAGAUAUAUGAACUACUUGUUCUAUAAUCCACAGUGCUAUUUUCCCAUGUUUUUUAGGAAACUGUACGUGAUAGCAUUAUAUAGCACAUAUUUUCUAUUGCAGUUUCUCUCAGGAACUCACUAGAAGUCAGUAUGUGGGCCUAAUUUCAGGUUAGUCAGCUAUGCAAACUAUGCCCCAAAAGAAUAGCUGCUUGGAGAAACAGAUAAUGCCUUCCUUGAUCUUGGCAAGUCUGACUUUAGUUUUGCUAAUGAGUAGACCAACUGCUCUGUGGUCAUGGUCUUCCAUUUUUCUUUCUCUCUUACCUUGUCCACACAUGCCAGGAGGUAGAUGGUGAUAUUUUAGACCAGAAGAUACUUUGGUAUAGCUUUAGAAUACCCUCUUCAUUCUAGUUCUUAUGUUCUGUAUGUCUCAUUAAGAUUUUCUCAAGUAAACCCUUAAUUCCUUUUUUCCUAGGCAUCAUCUCCACAAGCUACAAAAUAUGCCUAAUUUACACGUUCUUUGCUUCUAUUCCCUAGAGUUUAUGUUAUACUGGUGGUGUUGCCAGUGUGCAUUUGGAAAUAAUUUUCUGAGAUUUGUGAACAAUGAAAUAUUGGUCAGUACUCACGUGAACUUUCAAGAGAAAUCACCUUGACUGUAGUGUUUUACAUCUUUGAGACAAAUGACUUUAUUUUUUUAGAGCAGUUUUAGGUUCACUGCAAAAUUGGCAGGAAGGUACAGAGAGUUCCCAGGUACCCCAGACCCCCACAUACACACACCUUGCUCAUCAUCAACAUAGCCCACCAGAAUGAUACAUUUGCUAAAAUCAGUGAACCUACAUUGGCAUAGUGUUAUCACCCAAAUUUAGGGUUCGCUCCUGGUAUUGUCCAUUCUGUGAGUUUUGACAAGUGCAGAAGGUCGUAUAGUCACCACUGUAGUAUCAUACAGAGUAGCCUCACUGCCUUAAAAAUCCUCUGCAAAUACACCUAUUUUAAUAGCCACCAAAUAGGUAUUUUGGCUUUUGGACAAUAAAUAACAGACUUUAUUGGUUUUUUUUUUAAUCUAGAAUUUAAUUUGAGCAGUUUUUUUGUGUUCUAUUAAUGCUUCCAAUUCCUAAAUUUGUUAUAUGUAGUCAUGUAUUUAACUCAAUUUAAAUUAUUUAAUGUUUAAUGUUUUGCAAUACGUAUACAAUGUAUAAUUUCAGAGAAAGUGUGAUUUUUUGGUUUCUUGCAUGUCUUAGAAUCAUAGGUAAAUAAAAAAAAUUUAAAAAAAAAAUCUUUUCACUUAAAAGACCUUUCAGUUAGAGUAGUAUUAACACAACUAAGUUCCCAAAUAUUUUAAUUAGUUUUAGUUAAGCCUUUUUCUGGUGCGAGAGGUACCGAAUACAGAUGAUAUUCUGGUUGUCUUUGAAGCUUUACAUGAAAUAUGAAAAGAAACACACUUUUUUGUUAAUAGCUACUCAAAUUAUGAGAAAAAACAUUAGCUGGUAAUAAAAACAUGAGAUAGUAAGCAAAAAUCACUUGUCUUUGUUUUUACUCGGGUAUUUCUUGACCUUUACCCACUUAUCACAAGGACAAGGGAAUCAAAAUGGUGCUAGAUGACCAGAGAAAGCCAUGGAAGGGUUCACACUGAUAGCUGAUAGUUUAUACAAUGCUAAUCCCUAACACUGUGCUUAUUUAUGUAUAAGCUUUCAGAUUGAUACAAUUAGGUAGCUACAGCCCAUGUCAAAAUACAACAUCACUCUUCAGCUUUCAUUUGGUUUUGCAUGACUUUUUCUUUUAGCAGACCUCCUAGGGAAAUUAUCACUGAAGUAUAUCAGUUCCAGCAUUUACCAGACCGUUAAGAAGAAACCAAUGGCAUUUUGAACAUAUGUAAUUAUGAGCUGAAAAUAAGCUAAAGUGAACUUCUGCUUAAAUCUAGUUAUGUGAAUUUCUGUGAUACUAUUGUACUGAAACCAUAUUUCCCAAAAUUUCCCCCCAAAUUGUUACUGUUUGUUUAAUAAAAUAAUUGUUUAUUUUUGAAGGAU